AUGAAGAGCAGGAUCCCUCUCAUCCUUCUAGCUUGUGGCUCCUUUAACCCCAUCACAAACAUGCAUAUGCGUUUAUUUGAGCUGGCUAGAGAUCACCUGCACCAAACAGGAAGGUAUCAGGUGAUUGAAGGCAUAAUGUCUCCUGUUAAUGAUGACUAUGGAAAGAAAGGCUUGGUUUCAGCAAGACACCGGGUAGCAAUGGCUAAGCUAGCGCUGGAGACUUCUGACUGGAUUCGAGUUGAUCCAUGGGAAAGUGAGCAGGACACAUGGACAGAGACAGUAAAAGUAUUAAGGCACCACUACAAUGAAUCCCUCAGAUUGUUCCAGUCCAAGAAGGAAUUCAUGAAAAACAAACCGCCCACAGAAAGAUCUACAGAGGAUUCCCUUUCUUCGCAGCACUCAGUUCUACCUGAAUUAAAGCUGCUCUGUGGGGCUGAUCUUCUACAGACAUUUAAGACGCCCAAUCUCUGGAAGGAAGAAGACAUCAAAGAAAUAGUGGGGAAGUUCGGUUUGGUCUGUAUCAGCCGUGCUGGCUCUGAUCCUGCUCAGUGUAUCAAGGAAUCAGACCUUUUAACUACAUUUCAGCACAAUAUCUUUCUGGUGAAAGAAUGGAUUCCGAAUGAAAUCAGCGCAACGCAAAUACGCUCUGCCUUGUGUAGAGGAUUAAGCAUAAAAUACCUCAUACCAGACUCUGUCAUAUCCUACAUCGCACACCACAAUAUUUACACAGAAGAGAGCGAGCGGAAGAAUGAGGGGGACUUGCUCCAGCCUCUUAAGCUGCAUAACGCAGCAGUAAACCCACUAAAUGUCUGA